CCAAUACCAACAACAACAAGAGCAAUACAAUCACUCCGACCACACUUCUCUACCCACUCCAACAAACCGACAUCAUCAUGCAAUUCACCACCACCGUCCUCGCCUUCCUGGCCGCCGCCAGCACUUCUCUGGCAACCCCCGUCCCCGAGCCAGCAGUCGGCGUCAGCAUGAUGGCCGCCGCCGGCACCACCUGGACGAUCCAGAACUUCAAGCGCACCUGCACUUCCGACGCCAAGUCCUGCAAUUACAGCUUUGGCAUCAACACCAAUGAUGGAUCCGCUGCCACCAAGUGCUCUUACCAGGUCACUGGCAACCCGGCUGCUCGUGCUUCGUACAACUCGGUGGCGUGCGGAAACUUCCGUAUUGGAAGCACCUGGUCCAACCAGUUUGGUGCGGGACAGGAGUUUCAGACGUUGAGUGUUGUGAGGAAUGGACAGAUCAUCUACCCUGCUUACAAGGACAGCCAGAUUGUCAAUGGCAAGACUGUGAAGCCAGACCAGAGCUACACUCCUCAGAGACUCCCAUAGAUUCGUUCUUCCCACGAAUCAUGAAUGUAGCCUUGUUUGGGGACAGGGGAGAUGCAGAGACCAGUAACGAUGACAGGAAUUAUGAUCGAUGACAGCAUUGGGGAUGGCGCGGAAAACGAUGGGGUAGUUAAAAUAUGUAGUCAGUAUUCUUACCUAUGAUUCCUGCCAUAUUCAUUCCGCGUUUUGUUGCUCGUGAACAGCGCAAUGCCCGCAGGUCUUCAACACUCCGGCACAGGUGUCUUGAUCUUCCCGAGGCGAUGCAAAGUCUGUGGUGCUUCAUCGUCGCUGUAAAUGCAUACCUUCGUGAUGACUGAUGUAAGUGGUGGUCGUUAGCAGCAGAUGGAACGUUAUUGAUCCUUCAUAUCCCGAAGCCUCGCCUAAGAAGAGCCGAAGAUCUUGACCCUAUCCUCCAUGGGAAGAUAACUCCGCUCCCUCUUCCUCACCAGUCCAUUCACGGGCUUCCCAAAAACCAACUGUGACUUCAACCUCCACGUCCCCGGUAGUCCCCACUGCCUUUUCACCUCUUCUUCAAACUCCCCGAUAAAAUUGAAAUGUUGCAAAUUACACCCCAACCCCUCUAAUUCCAAAGCCGUCCACGCAAUGAACUGAUGCAUCCCCGAAGACGUAUCCCCCCACCCCGGCACCAAGUCGCCAAAGAGGGGAUUUUUCGCUGCGAGACCGUCUAACGCGUCCUGAUCUUCAAACCACAAGACGGUACCAUAUGCAGAGCUGAAUCCCGAGAUCAUUUUCCCCAGCAUUUUGUUAUACAUCUCGGGUUGAGCGGAUUGAGAGAUGCGGUCGGCAAUGUUCCAGAGCGUGUCAUGCUCGGCUUUGAGGAGGAUUACAGCUCGUGCGCUUUGCACGUUGAAGGAUGAGGGAGCGUGUUUGACGGCCGUGGAGACGAUUUCUCGGAUGCGCGAGUCCGGGAUCGGGGACUCUUUGGAGAGUUCGUAGCAGGAGAUGCGAGUCUCGACUGCGGCGAAGAAUGCUGGAGUUGAGGCUGCUGCCAUGUUAUGAGUGCGGUCGUGGUGAGGAGAGGAGGAGGAGGUAGGGUCUUUUUCUUCUUCUUCUUCUUCUUCUUCGGGAGUAUUGUCAGCUUUCCACUGCGCGUACUGCAGGCAUGAAUAGAUGUGGCGCCGGUUCUCGCGGUUGCUCUUGUUACUAGCAAUACCUAGUCCAUAA